UGCUAUUUCCAUGUCACAUAGUUCCAGUUUCUGCGUCUUGCUUGCUCGCCCAAAAUUGUUCCUCAAUUGAGCUUAGACAGCAUACAAUAAAUGGGAUGCAUGGUAGCUCCUCUGAUCCUGCAGCAGUAGUACACUCGCAGAGGCUAAAGCAUUUUGCUGAAACUUCUUUAAUCAUUCCAUUGAGACUUGAAAUCAGAGAGAGCAGGAAACUAAAAAAUGGAUUCUUUCCCAACCUUUGUCACUGUCACUGUCAUUCUCCUUCUUCUUCUUGUUCCACAGAAACCUUUGUCUUGCCAAGCUAGUAAUGAUGAUGAUCGUGACGGUGCCGAAAGCCCAGUCCUCGGAGGCUGCGGAAUAGCAGCCAUCUAUAACUUCGGGGACUCGUUCUCCGACACCGGAAAUGCCCUGGCGGAGUACCCCGACGGUCCUAUGGGGAACUUCCCCAAUGGCAUGACAAUCCACAAUGCGACCGGCAGAUUUUGUGAUGGACACUUAAUAAUCGACCACAUAGCCGAGGCAGCUGGACUCCCGUACCUGAAUCCAUAUCUAAGGAAAAAUCUGGAUCAGUCUAAAGGGACAAACUUCGCGGUGGGAGGAGUUGGCCUUCUGUCGAACAAAACCAGAACCAAAUUGAACGUCCAACUGCCGUUUUCUCAGGAUAGUGUGGACAUCCAGCUGAACUGGCUCGAGGAACACCUCAACAGAACAUUCGGAGAUGACGAGACGGCUCGCCGCAAUCGUUUGAAGUCGUCGCUGUUCAUAUUCACUGGUGGAUCGGGGAACGAUUACACGAACAUACGAGGCAACUUCAGCUCUCCGCCACUCGAGAAAAUGAAGACAAUCAUUCCUGAUGUCGUUGCCGCCGUCAAGGACUACUUGAAGUUGAUAAUCGAGUACGGCGCCAGCAAGAUAGUAGUGACAGGUUUGUACAAAGCUGGGUGCACCGUGGAUGUGGGACUCUUCCACGACUAUAAGCCCCGCUGCAAUACCUCCACCAAUGCGGUUGCCGCUCGUCACAAUCGAAUCCUGAAGCAAGAGCUCGCAGAACUGAGAAAGGAGUUCCCCGGCGUACUCCUAGUCUACGGGGACAUGUGGGGUCCGACAGGAUGGCUUCUCCGCCAUUACAGGACACUAGGGUUCAAGCAACCGAGUGACAGAUUUUGUUGUGGGAAUGGCUCUAAGGCAUGUGGCUCCCCUGGGUCACCGUACUGUCAGAACCCGCAAGAGUAUAUGUUUUGGGACGACCGUCAUUUGACUGACCAUUCGUAUCAGGUGAUCGCCAACUUGAUGAUCCCACGGUUGGCUGCGGACCUAGGAUGCGAUAAUGGUCAUCAUCCUGCACACAAAGAAGCCUACACAAGUCAACAUCGGCUGCACUAGAAUCGGGAGAAAUGCUGCUGUUUGGAAUCUGGUUCAGCUUGUUCGUCCUUAUGUUAUUAUGAAGUGCACUUUAAUUGUCUCUCGGCAGUCCUUAGUUAGGUUGGCCAACUUGCUAAGUCCUGUAUGUGCUCUUUUGAACCAAUCGGCCUGGUCUGUAAUAUGGCCU